UUUUUGUGAGUUUGCUAGAUUUAUGUGGAGUUGUGGUCUAUGUGUCUGAAAUUAAAAGGAUGACUUAUGUUCCCGGAGAGUAUGAUGCAAGUACUGCAUGCAAUUAUCUAUAUUUCCGUCUCAUGGAUCAGAAAGGUAGGGAGCUGCCAUGUUUUGCGCUUGGUCAUUAUGCUGCUGAUUUUAUGAAUGUGUGGACAAGCCGAGGCUACCAGGCUUCAUUCCGUUAUCAACCUGUUUUCUGUGUGUUGCGUUUCUGGAAAGUCGAUGAGUUCAUGGGUGAACCUUCUAUCUCCACCAGAAUUGGUUGUUCUAAGAUAUAUCUUGAGCCCACAUUACCGGAGAUCAAGGACUUGAGGAUGAUGUCGGUUUUCAUAGCUAGGGUUACAUGGGCUAUUGAAGUAGGUGAGGAUUGUGAUGACGCCGGUGAAGUUGUUGAUCAGAAUUCUUAA